ACCGACUUUAGCCCAACGUGGCUAACUGUUACCCAAUCUUUUACCAUCUGCUAGUAAAUAGAUGAACGAUCCCUACCGUACACAAUCUCCAUACGGGGGUACCAACAGAGGUCAAUCGCCUCCAGGCUAUCAAUCCUCACCACAGCGACAGCAAAAAGCUGUCAUGAAAGUCGGACAAUGUCCAAAUCCAGAUGCAGCUCUGUCCAAUUAUCUGUUUGUAGCUCCUGGCCAAUUCGAUCCUAAAGAGCAUUACCUACUGGUCAAUGAUCAAUAUGUUUUUACCUUGGUCGCUGAUGAAACGCUACCCAAAGGAAUCAUUGGCACAAACUUGAUGCAUAGGAGAUGGGCUCAGUUCUCUCUGAAGCAAGAUGUAUAUGUUCGACCAUACGACCCUUUCCAGGCUGGAUAUGACAUAUAUCUGUCUGCGAUGCAAAUCGAAGUCGGCUUCUUCAAGAAGUCAUCUCAAGUUGACACAGAAAUGAAUGCAGAAGAUAUGGCUCAAGUCUUCUCCAACCUCUUUAAAAAUCAAAUAUUCUCGUACGGUCAACUCAUUGCCUUUGAAUUCAAUGGUGUUACUCUCGCAUGUCGGGUGACAGGACUAGAGGUGGUUGAACUCAGUGCCCUCAAGAAAGGAUUCCGGGGCGAAGUGGAUGCUAAGAAUGACGAAUUUCAAACCGCUGCAGAAAGAGGAGUUUUAGUUCCGCAAACCACAAUCCAGUUUAAUCGAGAUCCCGACUCACCUAUUCGUAUUAAGGAUAAUAAGCGAUUACAACGAGCAAAACCACUCAUUCGAACAGACUUCAAGUUCGAAGACAUGGGAAUUGGAGGUUUGGACUCUGAGUUUAGUGCUAUCUUCAGACGUGCCUUCGCUUCUCGUAUUUUCCCUCCUGCUAUUAUCGAUAAACUCGGUAUUCAGCACGUCAAGGGUAUUAUUCUCUACGGACCUCCUGGAACCGGAAAAACAUUGAUGGCUCGCCAGAUUGGAAAAAUGUUGAAUGCCAAAGAACCUAAAAUUGUCAGUGGUCCCGAAAUUCUGAGCAAGAUGGUUGGUGAGAGUGAACAAAACGUUCGAAAACUGUUCGUUGAUGCCGAAAAGGAAUUUAAAGAAAAGGGAGAAGAAUCCAGCCUCCACAUCAUUAUUUGCGAUGAAAUAGACGCUAUCUGCAAGCAGCGUGGCAGCAGAAAUGACGGUACUGGUGUUGGUGACUCUAUUGUCAAUCAGUUCCUUGCCAAGAUGGAUGGUGUCGAACAACUGAAUAACAUCUUGAUGAUCGGUAUGACUAACCGCUUGGACAUGCUUGAUGAUGCCUUACUCCGUCCAGGCCGUUUUGAGGUGCAUAUGGAAAUUGGACUCCCAGAUGAUGCUGGUAGAGAACAAAUUUGGAAAAUUCAUACAGCAAAGAUGCGAGAAAACAACAUUUUGGAUCCUGCAGUUCAUUUGAACGAGAUGGCUGGCAUGACGAAAAAUUAUACUGGUGCCGAAAUUGCUGGUGUUGUUAAAGCAGCCUCGUCCUAUGCCUUCAGUCGUCAUAUCAAGGUUGGAUCUGUCGCUGGAGUUGCACCCGAUGUCGAAGAUAUGACUAUACAGCUGGAAGAUUUCAAGGCAGCCUUGGAUGAAGUUCCACCAGCCUUCGGUGUAUCCGAAAACGAAUUACAACAAUGUGUUCAGAACCAUGUGUUGAACUUUGAUGAUGGUGUCGAGACCAUUCUGACAGACGGAAAUCUGUUCGUUGAGCAAGUCAGAAACUCAACCAGAACACAGGUUGUCAGUAUCUUAUUACAUGGUGCUGCUAAUUCCGGAAAGACCGCUCUUGCCGCUACUAUUGCCAUGAAGAGUCAAUUCCCAUUCAUCAAGCUAAUUUCACCUGAGGCUAUGAUUGGAUUUUCUGAAUCAAACAAAAUCAACCAUAUCAACAAGAUAUUUAACGACGCCUACAAGUCGCCACUCAGUGUCAUUGUUCUGGAUAACAUUGAAAGAAUUAUGGAAUGGAUUGAUAUUGGUCCACGAUUUUCCAACGGUGUCUUGCAGGCGUUACUUGUCCUUCUGAAGCGAAAGCCCCCGAAGGAUAGACGUCUGCUUAUUAUCGCUACGACUAGUCAGCGUGGCAUGUUGAGCAGCAUGCAAUUGGAUGAUGCCUUUGAUAGUGAAUUCAAGGUCCCAAUGAUUUCCAGAGUUGAAACCGUCGGCUUCGUCCUCGAGCAACUCAAUAUGUUCAGCGAUGAAGAGAGAGAAUAUGCACUUCAACGACUUCACAAGAAGAAUUUGGAUGGCCGCUUUGAGAUUGGUAUUAAGAAGUUGUUGAUGAUCGUUGAAGUUGCCUCACAAAGCACCAACAAGGUUGAAAAGUUUGUCCAAGCGAUAUCUGCCACUCAGGUUCCUGGACUUGGUGCCGAUAAUGCUGCCUUCCAAAGAUAUACGUAGAUUUCUUGUAUACUACUUCGAAUGGUUCAUAUAUAGAGAUAUCCUGAACUUGAAGAUACCGCAUUUAAUGCAGCUUUUAUACUUACACACAUUUUUAGAGAGGAUGUGAAUUGUUGCCUCACACUCUAUAAAGCUCAUAGCUUGCAUUAAUGGGGUGAUGAGCGAAUAUGUAAAAAAAAAAUUUAGUGACUUCCACAAUACGCUUUCUUACUUCACUUUCAUCCUCCAAAAUAAAGCAUCCCUUUUUACCAUGAA